AUGCCUGUACCAAAGCAGACGACUGAACUGAUUUUCUCUCUCCGAGCGCUUAUCUAUCGAAUCCGCCAACUGAAGAAAGAACGCCACGGCUACUCCAAAGCCAAACACCGCGAGCUCGCAAAGCUACUAAAGGAUGGUCGGGAUGAUCUCGCCCGUAUAAAAACCGAAGAUGUUAUUGGAAAUGACAACGUUAUUGCCGCUCUGGAGAUUUUAGAGUUAUACUGUGAGCAGCUUCAUGUACGUGCGAAUAUUGUGGAUCAUAUUGCGCUAGAGCAGAAACGGACUGGCCCAAAGCGGAAACAGCCGGGUGGGGAGACGAGGCGCGAGAGGCAUGGGUCGGAUGUUGGUUCCGGAUCUGCCAGUGGUGGCGGUGUGUGGGGGAUAUGGAAGAUUUUGGGAUUUGGAUCACCGCAGUCACCACCACCACCAUCAACAACAACAACAACAACACGGCAUACUGCAUUGCAGCAAGCAACAACACAUGGCGAAACGCCAUCUGAAAACCAGGCCGCAACGACGGCAGUGACGACAGAGGUACAGUCAGAGGAAGAACUACGACAGAUGUCUCCAUCUCCUCUUCCACGAGAAAAAGAUGUAUAUCUCGACCCGGAUCUAGAUAGAGCUGCUGCUGUCAUUUUCUACUGCUAUGUUCGCUUACCCCGCGAUAUACCGGGCCUGCCAGAACUGCGCGCAAAACUUAUACAAAGAUGGGGCAGCGAUUUUGCCAGUAAGGCACAGGAAGCGGACCCUUCCAUACCACUUCCCGAAGAGUUGAUUGAACGGUUGAGAGUGCAAAACCCGCCCGAGUCGCUGGUAGAGAAUUAUUUGAAGGAGAUUGCGAAAGCGCAUGGUAUUCCUUGGCAUCAGGAUGAAGAUGAGGAAGGGCAGGAUGAAGAAGAGACGGUGAAAGAAGUAGGUGUAGGUGGAGGUGAAAAGGAGGACGGUUCACUGGCUUCUCGUCCUUAUGAAAUGGAUGGUUCGCAGACAAAGGGAAAUGAUGAUAAACCUUGUUGUUUGGCGGGGGAUAGAAAGGACACUGGUCCCCAGCAUUCACAAGAAAAACACCACGAAAAGUUAUCAUCUGGUGGUUUCGCUCCGCUCAGUCGUGGAUCCCAAGAUUCAACCACAAACAACCAAUCCUCAUCGAAAAGCAAGGCGCCGGCCCCUACUGCUUCUGCUGUGGAGAAUAAAAGGGGUGGAAUUCCUGAUAUUGAUGAGCUAUCACGGAGAUUUGAGGCGCUGAAGAGGUGA